AUGUUUGAUAUCAAGUAUGUUUAUGCCAGGAAUCGAAAACCAUGGCGGGGAAUUUUGCUUUUUGGACCACCUGGAACAGGCAAAUCAUAUAUUGCCAAAGCAGUUGCUACGGAAGCUAACAAUUCUACGUUUUUCUCUAUCUCAUCUUCGGAUUUGAUGUCAAAAUGGUUAGGCGAAUCAGAAAGACUAGUAAAACAGUUAUUUGAAAUGGCUCGAGAACAUAAACCUUCAAUAAUUUUUAUUGAUGAAAUUGAUUCAUUGUGUUCGUCACGUUCUGAUACCGAAAGUGAAUCUGCUCGGCGUAUAAAGACUGAAUUUUUGGUUCAGAUGCAAGGGGUGGGUAAUAGCAUGGAAGGCAUAUUAGUACUUGGUGCUACCAAUAUUCCCUGGGUACUUGAUGCUGCCAUUCGACGACGAUUUGAGAAACGAAUUUACAUUCCACUUCCAGAAGCAAAUGCUAGAAAAGAUAUGUUCAGAUUGCAUGUGGGGAAGAAUACAUUACAUUCAUUGACAGAGCAAGAUUUUAAGAUUCUUGCUGAAAAAACAGAGGGUUUCUCUGGAUACGACAUUUCGAUUGUUGUGAGAGAAGCUUUAAUGCAACCGAUUCGUAAAGUUCAAACUGCGACUCAUUUUAAAUACGUUUCUGGACCGUCGCCUUCCAAUCCAAAUAUCAUUGUGCAUGAUUUACUGACUCCAUGCUCUCCUGGUGACCCAGGUGCUAAAGCAAUGUCUUUCAUAGAUGUACCGGCUGACAAAUUAGCUGAACCAGUUCUUUCAAUGAGUGAUAUGUUGCGAUCACUAAUGAGCACAAAGCCGACAGUAAAUAAAGCGGAUAUGGAUAAACUGAUGCAGUUCACAAAAGAUUUUGGUCAAGAAGGAUAG